CCAAUUGGUUUCAUUUGAAGGGGCCAAAUCUGACAAAAAUUCUUUAGGGCCUAUUUUUUACCAACUAUAAAAAAAAUUUUGAACAUUUUUGGGGGGGCCAUGGCCCCCCCACAGUAUAAGGUGGCUCCGCCCCUGGGGCGGAGGUCGAGAAGGUGCAGGUUAAAAAGUUUACCAGAAGAGUUGGUGGAAGAGAUCUUGGCAUGGCUUCCAGUAAAAUCAUUAGUUCGUUUCAAGUGCGUUAAAAAGUCAUGGACAGCUCUUUUCCAAACCCCAAAUUUCAUUGCCAAACACCUUCGUUCCAGUCAGUCUAAAACUAAAAACCAUCCAAAUCCAACUCUUCUUCUCGAGAUCCUUGGCGAAAGAAGUCUUGUUUCAAAAUACCUCCUGCAAUCUCAUCAUCACGACGAGGCCAAUGACCACCGAAGUGUUUAUCAUGAUCACCUCCCGCAAUAUCAUCAUGAUGUUGGUUCUGUUUCUGAUGAGUGGCUUGUUCUUGAAGAAGAACGACGACUACCUUUUGUGGACUACUUUCAGGGUGAGAACAUGAUGAGUGGCUUGUUCACAGAUGGACUACUACGCACCAACAUGUUUGCUUGCAUCAACGGCAUUAUUUGUAUUGGCGGUCUAUUCAAUUGCUACCCCUCCUUUCAUGGCUUUGUUUUAUGGAAUCCGGCGAUCAGAGAAGGUAAAACCGUUGCCUAUCCCAUAACCAAAACUCCUGAUUUUGUUCAAGCAAAAAAAUCGUUUUCCUUUUUUGCAUUUGGUUAUGAUCAAAUUUCUAAUGACUACAAGGUGGUUAGAGUUGAGAGAUAUACUUUGAAAUCUGCAAUCACCAGCUACUACAAUUCUUUUUAUCUUUACUCCCUAAGGGCUGAUUCCUGGACCCAAAUAUUUAGCACCCCUUUUCUUCAUUCAAACGUUAGUGUGGAUACUCGUCAUGAUGAAAUAUACUUUAAUGGAGUUCAUCAUUGGCUUGGUUUCCCCAACGAAGAACCCGGGGAGAGAUAUAAUAAUCGCAUAAUUAUAUCCUUUGACAUGAGCCAUGAGGUUUUUCAAAUAAUAAGGUUUCCAGAGUUUUCAACAAGCAAAAGCGAAAGGCUUGCUGUAUUCAAUGAUUGCCUUGCUUGUAUCCUUUAUGGUAUCACUGAAUGCAUUGAUAUUGAUAUAUGGGUGAUGCGUGAAUAUGGGGUCGAGGAUUCUUGGACCAAACAGCUUGUUGUAAAUCCCCCUGUACCAAUUACAUGUCCAGUACGAUUUUUCGGGAAUGGAGAAUUCCUUCUGUUUGAUAAAAAUUGGGCAAUGGUUUUGUAUAACAUUGGUUCUCAAGAAAUUAGGAUUCUUCAAUGCACAGGCUAUCCAAACACAUCCCUGCCAUUGGAACUUAUCGAUUACGUGGAGAGUCUUGUUUCAUUCACAGGUGGAAAUGUGUUUUAGAGUUAUUUUGCCUGAGCUCCUAGUUAUUUAUAUCAAAAAAUAUUGUUUCAAUAACUUAUGUGUGGCUUAGAGAAGAUGAUAUUGCAUCUCAUAUGGAUGGUGUCUUUGUUAAUUUAUUUAGAGUGAGAGCUAAAUAACAUCUCAGCUAUUGCUAGCUUUGUUGUCUAUUUGUUCUAGUAAAAUUUACAAAUACUUGGUUACUUGAGGAUCUGUAUCACUGGGUAAUGUGACAAAUUAAGUUUUAUAUAUUUUGAUGGAAACCAUAUUUAUUGGA